CGAAUGCAUUUCGAGUUCAGUUUGAGUAUUUAUUUUGAAAUUCGAGGUUUCUUCAGUAAAAAAAAUAUGGUUUGUCGCCUAAUCGGUUCAAUAUUAUUCUUACUAAUUGCAGUAGAGCUUGAUAGUGUUUAUGGAUUCACCGGUUAUAAAUGGGUUGCCUUAAAAACAGGUGAUAAACUUCCUGAAAAUAUCGUUUCAAUUCAACGUUCAAAAGCCAAAUAUGUUGGUCGAGCCAGACAUUUUGAUGAAGUUCUACCAGCUGAAAUCACUGCAAACGGAUCUUCAUUCAUUUCAUCUUGUCACAAAGAAAUAGCUAAAGAUUAUUUUGAAAUUCUAACAACAUCAGACGAAUGCGAAUGGAAACAAUAUUCCAAUUCCAAAUAUGAAGAAAUUGACGAAACCGUAGUACGUGUUGGAACUGCUUGGAAUGGUGAACCUAUUUAUAUUGGAUUAUCUGAUAGUAAUGAAGUUCAUGUUACUUCAAUUUAUUUAACAAAAAGAGAAACAUAUACAUGGUUUCUAAAUAACAAUGGUUAUUAUUCAAAUUAUCGAUUUUUAAGUUGUAACGUCAAAUCCAAAUGGAUUGACACUUUAUCAACGAAAUUACCAAAUAAUACAGUUUCUGGUGGUAAGUCUGCAGAUGGUCAUAAAAUAUUUGUUGCUCGAUUAAAGAGAGAUUGUGAUGUAGUUACUGGUCAAGUUAUUCCAAAAUUAGGUAAAGCAACAGGAGUUUUGAACAAUGGCCGCACUAUUGAGUCUGCUUAUUGUCAGGUUUUAGUUGGAGAACCUAAAGAAUAUACUUGGGUUGCAGCAAGUGAUGGAGAAAUUCCCGAUUAUGCUAUUGUUCAUGGAAAAAAUGGAUAUGAAUUGUCAUAUAUUGUCAAACUUAAUAGGACUAUAAAUCAUUUAACAUAUUCUAAAGCAGUUCAGCAGCGAUUGAAUUAUGACAUAUUGGUAGUUAAUCAAUCAUUGUAAGCAGUAUAUUUUGAAAUGUGAUAAAUAUUUUUGUAUAAAAUAAAUAAACUUGAAAAUUACAAA